GUCCGUCACGAGCGCAGGGCGGGGCUCGAGGGCCAGGCGCUCUCCCCACGGUCCUGCCCGGCCGGAAGUGAAGGCGCGGGUUUGGCCGAGGGCUCCUGAGAGGCCCCUGCCCGUAUGGCAGCAGUAGUCCUAGGGGCAGACACCAUGGGCCCCGAGCGUAUCUUCCCCAAUCAGACUGAGGACCUGGGACCGCAUCAGGGCCCCACAGAAGGCACCGGGGACUGGAGCAGUGAGCCCGAGGAAGAGCAGGAGGAGGCUGGGGCAGGCCCAGCCGACUACUCCUACCAGCCCCUGAACCAAGAUCCAGAACAAGAGGAGGUGGAGCUGGCGCCGGUGGGAGACACCGAGGACACAGUUGCUGACAUCCAGGACCGCAUCCAGGCUCUGGGCCUUCAUUUGCCAGACCCCCCAUUAGAGAGUGAGGAUGAAGAGGAGGAGGGAGCCACAGCGCUGGGCAACCAUAGCUCCAUUCCCAUGGACCCAGAACACGUGGAGCUGGUGAAGAGGACAAUGGCUGCCGUGAGCCUGCCUGCGCCCGGGGUUCCUGCGUGGGCUCAGGAGAUCUCUGAUGCCCAGUGGGAAGACAUGGUCCAAAAAGCUCUCCAGGCCCGGCAGGCAUCCCCUGCCUGGAAGUGAAGGCCGCCGCGAGAGGCACAUAUUCCACGUUCCAAGCUGGAGCCAGUGAUGGGACUGAACACAUCCUCUUUCUCCUUCGCCUCCCUCUCCACAUCAGCGCAGAUGAGACUUCUCAGAGACCCACUUUAUUCAAUGCUGUACAUAUGGGGAUGUUGGCCCAAGCCCCACCGACCUUGGCCUGUAGUACUCUGUGGAGAAUAAAGCACCCUAUGUACACA